AUCUGUUGGUGGUUCUGUUCUGUUCUGUUCUGUUGUUUUGGUUCGGUUCUGUUCUGAUCUGUUGUUUUUUUUGGUUCUGAUCAGUAUUGAUAAUCACGGUGGGGGAGGUACAGAUGUGAGUCAGACAGUACAAUGCUGUGAGACUCUCCUAUGGAGGAGCAGCAGUGUAUGCUGGGAGACAUAGUCCAUUAAUGUAGUUUAUUGCUGUGGUGUUGUGUCUCUCAAAGGUUGUUUUGUGUGUCUUUAUGGUUGUUUUGUGUGUCUUGGUGAUGACUUUGGGUUUUGUUGUGUAUAUGAGGAGGUCAUAUUAAUGGGUCAGUGUGUCUCAUCCAAUUUAAAGUUGAAGAUAAAUAAUAAUAAAUAAUGUUACUAAAUUACACAAGAAAACGAAACAGAUAAUCACAAGAUGACCUUCUUGUCUCUCUCUCUACCUACCCUUUUGUCUGACAGGAAGCUAGUGACUGAGUACAGGUGAGGUGGUGGGCGGGGCUUAGCCUGCAGACCACCACUCGUUUGGUGGGUGGUAAUGAUCGCGACCGGUGGUCUCCUGCGGAUCAAUGCGCGGCGUCAGGACUCACUGAGAUCCAAAACACAUAAAGCACAAACUCAAAAGAGGAAGAACAAGAAGAAGAGGAGGAGUGAGGUGGUGGUGGUGAAGGGGAAGUUGAAACUGAUUUCAGUCUCGGGUCUGGUGGCAGCACUCGGCAUCCUGGUCCUACUAGUGGGCGUGGUCAUGGCAGCUCUGGGCUACUGGCCUCGAGACGGACUGUUCUUCAGCGUUCAACCACAGAGGGAUGCCACCAUGACAGUGUCAUUCAGCAGCUCCACUCCCACACCUGCUCAGGGAGAAGAGAUGGGAGAGGAACUGGGGCGAUAUGAAGGAGAUGACCUCAGGGGAGGAGGUGAUGAAGACAGAGGAGGUGGUAUUGAUGAAGAUGGUGGAGGUGGUGAUGGGUUUAACAGGACAGAAGUCAUCAAUGGGACAACCCAUCAGCUUCCACAAGGUUUUCUGGAGGAUUUUCUGAACAGGUAUCUGUACUCUGAUAGGCUAAAGGUCUUCGGCCCUCUCAUCAUGGGCAUUGGGAUCUUCCUGUUCAUCUGUGCGAACGCUGUCCUGCAUGAGAACCGUGACAAGAAGACAAAAGUCAUCAACCUACGGGACAUUUACUCUACCGUCAUCGACCUCCACAGCCUCCGAAAACCCAACACCUCCUCUGUCCGCCGCUCCUCGAUCAGUCCCCUCAACGGCCUUGUUAACUACGUCCAAUCAAAGAGCCUGGAAACCAAACCCAGGGCGUACCCUGCAUCACUACUGAACAGGAGGGAGGGAGGGGGAGGAGGUGGGCCGUUGUCUAGACAACUGUUCCCUGGCAGCAGCAGAGCAGGAGGAGGCGGAGGCAGUGAUGGAAGAGGAGGAGACACAGUGUUCAGUAUCUAUCAGGAUCAACCAGACACUCCUUCACUCUCUUCUUUCUCACACAGACUCUCCCUACCCCCCAGCUUGAGCCCCCCUCACCUUUUCACCCACUGGACGCCCCUGCAGAAGGUCAGCUCCUUCACCCUACCCCUCCGCCACUCGCGGCCUCCAGCUCCCCGCAGGAGGCACUCUGCUCGGGCUGGGACAGGCUGGUGUUGGGAGGGGGGUCAGGGAGGACAGGAGGAGAGAAGGAGUAAAGGGAGAGGCCACAAACAAGAGAAGGAAGAGGAGGUGUUUGCAUGUCCACCACCUCCUCUGAGCUCCUCCACUCCCCCCGUGCUCAGACCCCUUCAAGGUUCAUCAGCAGCUUCCUGCAGCACCUGCAGUCUCCACCAGGAGGCACCAGGAGGCUCCCAGGCCCUGCUCCUCCUCUCCUCCUCCUCCCUUACCCCCUCCCAUCUUUCGCUCUCCUCCCUGUCUUACCUCCUGUCCUCCUCUCCAUCCACUCUGCCUCCCCCCUGCAGGAGGAAGAGCCUGCCGACCACCAGCAGCACGACAGGUUACAGUAAGCUGAUGCACGGAGAGGAUGAACCAUUUGAGUCGUCACAUCAUGUAACAUCACAAGGCAGGGAAAUGACAUCACACAAGAUGUACUCCAACAAGGAGAAGCUGAGGAUGAUCUCACAGGUGGGUUCUGGUCUGAGGCAGGAGGAGGAGGGCUGAGGAGACAGGACAACCAAUCAGGCACAACUCUGAAGUCAUGUGACUUUUUAAUGACAUCAGCAUGACAUCAGGAAGUGAUGCGUUCAUGUGUCACAUUAAAACAUUUUGCUGAGAGCAAUAAGGCGUCUUCCAGAUGAACAAAUGACAGCACAACAUGAAAUUAACUGUUUCCUUCCAGCUCGUUAAUUGACUGCCUGUUCAUUAAAUCAACACGUGAUUCAUCUUUCAGGUUGUUGAGUGGGGAAAGGGGAACACCUGGAGGAUGAGUCCAGAUCUUUAGUUUGUUCUUCUUUCCCUUUUAACUUUUGAACACCCACCAACUGACAGAACGUGAACAUGAAUGUGUGAUGAUUUAAACAGGAAGUCUGUUUAAUGGCGAGAUGAUGUACUCAGACAGAAACAUUUUCAUAGGACUUGUCUCCAUGGCACGAGAUUCACCAAGACCCUGGUCCAUCCACACUGGACAUGCUGAGCUUUGUUCAAGAAAGCUGGAUGGCUAGUACACUACACACCCACUGCCCCUCCUGUUCGAUACGGAGUUAUCACAAAUAUCAAAGGAAUAGGGCGGUCGGUAGCAUAGUGGGUCAAGCGGCCACCCCGUGUGUGGAGGCUAUAGUCCUCGCUGCAG